CACAAGUACUUCCAAUACACGUAUCCAUCAUCCAUGGAUCAAUACGCGUAUCUAACCCUAACACGUGAUUUCAUACAUGACCUAACAAUAGGAGAAAAGUGUCACUUCAGUACCUGAACUCGCGGCGUGUAGCGUAAAGAGUACCUCAUGUGGCAAAUGAGUUCCAACGGUACACCAAUUAUCCAAUCGCGAGCUAAUAUGGUACCUCGGCCCAUUACUUCUGAUAAACCGCUGAGGUGGCCAACGGAUUACUGAUGUGGCCAAUGUUUUACUUACUUGGCAAAAUUAAACAGGCUUUGAACAUAUUUGUUCGUUAAUAGCGCCCAACCCUAACCCCUUACCUUGUUACGCCACUUACAAACGAACGGAAGGGCGGAUCGAAGCCAUUGUGGAGAAGCUUAGAGCAAUUUGACUUCUUGAGUUUCAGAUGGAGAUGGAGUCAUCUCUUCAAAGACAAACAAUGGAGGGCCUUACUUGUAAUGUCCCCUUUGUUGUUGAUCUGGGCUUCCAAGAUCCUGUUAUUGAGGCAGAAGCAGGCCUCUUAUUUGAAGAAGAAUAUAACUCAGAAAAUGAAGAUGAUGAGGAACUCAUUCAUGGUAGGAGUGUGCUAAGGAAGCUGGUUACCAAUUCAAGGAUUCAUAAUCAACCCCAAGGUCAAAAUACUGAUAACCAAACCACACUUGAAGAAGAUGAAAGUUGGGGGGAAGAUGGUUAUGAAACUGAAUACUUCAGUUCUAGUGAAGAAGGAAGCUACAAAUCUGGUUCGGGUCCUGAAGAAGAAGAGACUGUCAGAGUGAAAUCCAGAUUUCCAAGCUUCAAUCCUGAAGAUAAAGUUUCAUUUUCUUUGGGAAUGAGCUUUGAGUCCAAAAGUGAAGUGAAAGAUGACAUGGAUAAAUACUCUGUCACCAACAGGUAUCCCUAUUAUUGGGCAAAGAAUUGUGCCAACAUGCUUAGGGCUAAAUGCUCUAAUUUGAACAAGGAAUGUACUUGAAUUGGAUGGUCUACAUUGCCAUAGACAAUAGGUGUAGCAGUAAGAAGUGGGUGGUGAAGACUUAUAAGAGUGAGCAUAGCUGUAACCCCGGUUGGCAACUACCUUGUGCCACAACAAAGUGGUUAGUCAAGAAUUUUUUCAAUACUAAGCCAGGAGUAUGUGAGAUGAAGGUGGCUGCAAUGAAAGAAAUGGUUAAGAGAGAACUGAACUGUGAAGUUUCCUUGGAGCAAAUGAAGAAAGCCAAAUCAAUGCUCAGAAAGUUGGAAAAAGGGGAUAUAGAGGCAGAGUACAAGGAUUUGGAGGAUUACAAGGCUGAAAUUAUGAGGUCAAAUGAAAGAAAUACAUGCAUUCUGCAUGUGAAGCAGCCCACUCCAAUUUUUGACAGAUUUUAUGUAUCUCUUCAUGCCUGCAAAAAAGGAUUCCUCGAGGGAUGUAGAAGACUAAUUGGAAUUGAUGGCGCUUUUUUGAAGUCUGAAGUCAAGGGAGAAAUUCUUACAGCUGUGGGAAGGGAUGCCAAUAACCACAUGUUUCCUAUAGCAUGGGCAGUUGUGGGUUCUGAAACAAAAGCCACAUGGAAGUGGUUUCUUGAAAAUCUAGGCAGUGAUCUAAACAUAGGAAGAGGAGAUGGUUGGGCUUUUGUUUCUGACCAACAAAAGGGAUUAAUGCCUGCUUUGUAUGAGACAUUUCCAAAUGUUGAGCAUAGAAGAUGUGCGAGACACAUAUAUGCAAUAUGGAGAAGAGGCCACCCUGGAAUUGAAUUACAAAGAGCAUUUUGGAAGAGGGAGUUUGAAGCAAACCUAGAAAGCUUGAAGUCUCUUUCUCCUUCUGCACAUGAAGACAUUCUGAAGGUAGAUCCUAAGUUCUGGUGCAGAGCUUUCUUUAAUAGAUGCAUUAAGUGUGAGACUGUUGAUAAUAAUUUAUGUGAAGCCUUUAAUGGAGUUAUAGUUCCAGCUAGAUCUCUAUUAGGUUAUUCCCAGUUGGAGUAUAUUGGAAAAUUGGUCAUGCAAAGACUGAACAAGAAUAGAGAAUUAGGACAUAAGUGGAUUGGGCAGUUAGGGCCUAGAAUUAGAAGGAGGAUCAAUAAAACAAUACAAGCAAGCAACUAUUGGAGGGUGCAAUUUAAUGGAGCAGAUGGCUAUGAAGUGUCAUGUGGGUCUGACACUUAUCUUGUGGACUUGGACAAUAGGAGUUGUCUAUGUGAGCAGUGGGAUGUUUCUGGGAUCCCCUGUAAACAUGCCAUUUGUGCCAUUAGGAAUAGAGGUCAUCCAAUUGAGGACUAUGUCUCUCUAUGGUAUAAGAAGGAAAUGUAUACUCAUAUUUAUUCUGAGAUGAUGACACCCAUAGCUGGUCCUUUAUUCUGGCCAAAGACUGACUUGAAAGUGUUACCUGCUGACUUGAAAACAAAAGAGAUGGGAAGGCCUAGGAAAAAUAGAAUAAAAGAAAUUGGAGAGUUUCCUUGUAGUGGGAAGUUGCCAAAGAGAGGUACGGUCAUGACCUGUCAACUAUGCUUCAAAAAAGGGCACAACAAAAAACGGUGUCCAUCAAAAGAGGUGAUUAUGCAAGGCUCAACUACUUUCCCAAGUGAUAUUCAAGGUGACAGUGGUAACACUUGUGAGAUGGAACAGACCCCUCCUGAUAUGCAACCUGUGAGUUCCAACCCACCAAAAAGAACAUGUGGAAACUGCUCCCAACCUGGGCACACUAAGAACAGGUGUCCUAACAAGAAUAUCUCAACUCAGGAAAGUAACAAUGCAUUUACUACUCCAGAAGAAGAAAAUGGAGGUCCAAGUAGGUUGGAAGCAUACUUCUGUGACACGCAGGGUACAAAUGAAACAACUACUGAUGGUGUAUUUGAGUUCAGGGGGCAAAGAUCAAUAAGUGCUCAAGAGAGUUAGAGCAAGGAAGGCUAAAGAGAGGAAUGUGAAUGCUCAAAGUUUAAGGAAAAGGCAUGCUGAAGAUGUGGAACCUACUGGUACUUCAAUAACUGCACGACAAAGGUUUAAUGAGCUGUAUGAUUCCAUGGAAGGCAAUGCUGGGCAGUAGACUAUGAAGUUAUUAGUGUAUCCAUGUAGGAGUUGAUGCAACAAUAUUUAAUUACUAUCUAGGAAGAUCAUACUACCUAUUUUCCAUAUAUCUUGGUGGUGUUUGGGAUCAUAUGCUUUUUUGAGAUGUAUUAAGGGUUACAUGCUUCAAAGUAGUUUAUGGUAUUGCUAAUGUACCCUUAAGUAGUGACUUUAGAGCUACUGUAUUUUUGGUAUUUUGUUUGUGGUCUGUGUGCCACUUAUGGUUGCAG